CACUGAUUGGCACUGAUUGGCAGCACUGAUAGGUGGCACUGAUUGGCAUUGAUAGGUGGCACUGACUGGCACUGAUGGGUGACACUGAAAGGCAGCUCAGAUGGGCACUGAUAUGCGGCAUUGAUGUGCACUGGUAGGCACUGAUAUGUGGCACUGAUGUGGCACUGAUGGGCACUGGCACAAGGCACUGACAUAAGGCACUGAUGGACACUGACAGGUGGCACUGCUGGGGCUACACUGAUCAUCAGGGCACACUGAUCAUUAGUGCCCUGAUGAUCACUGAUCACAUGACAUCUUCGGCUGUUUCUGUGAUCGGUGAUCCGCUGUGUCCGAGGGAC